UGAAGCGCCACAGCGGACCCGAGCUAAAGUGAUCGAAGUCAAACGAAAACACGUAUUUAAUGAUACCCGGUGGACGUGGUCGUGCUUAGCGGGACCGAGAGCACUUCCGUCCGGAAUGUAUCUCCUACUUUACGCGGCCGAAACUUGGUUUUUACUCGUUAAUUAGUCGGUUUAUCCCGCUCAUAGACCAGCCGGUGUGGCUGCUGGUGCAAAAACAACAACAACAACAACAACAACGACAGUCUUAGCUAGUUCAAAAUGACUCUUCCAGCUCUGCACAACACCGGCGUGAUUUACCGAAGGAUUCUCUCACAGUUUCCCCAGGACAUCAGCCUGGCUUUUGCCUAUGGGUCUGGCGUUUUCAAGCAGCAGGGGACCAGCCAAGGUCAAAUGGAGAAGAACAUGCUGGACUUUGUGGUCGCGGUGGACGACCCGGUGACGUGGCACACCAUGAAUCUGCUGCAGAACCGCAAACACUACUCCAUCCUCAAGCUGCUGGGGCCCACGAAGAUCGCCUCCAUACAGAAUGAUCACGGGGCUGCGGUGUACUACAACACACUAGUGCCUGUGGAUGGGAGGAUCAUCAAAUAUGGAGUGAUUAGUACAGAUUCAAUAAUAGAUGACUUGUUGCACUGGAAGAACAUGUACGUUGCUGGACGCCUUCACAAACCAGUGAAAAUGCUGGUGCACAGUGAGAAUGGUAAGCUCCGUGCCGCAUUGGUGGCAAACCUGAAGAGCGCCGUGACGGCCUCCUUCCUCAUGCUUCCAGAGAGCUUCACCGAGGAAGACCUUUUCCUGCAGAUAGCUGGCCUUUCUUAUGCAGGGGAUUUUAGGAUGGUGAUUGGAGAAGACAAAUCCAAGGUGGCGAAUAUUGUCAAAGACAACAUUCAGCACUUCAGGAUUCUGUACAGCAACAUCCUGCGUGACUGUCCUCAGGUUGUCUACAAAUCUCAGCAAGGGAAACUUGAGGUAGACAAAAGCCCAGAGGGCCAGUUUGUCCAGCUGAUGGCAUUGCCGCGCACCCUCCAGCAAAGGAUCACCAAGCUGGUCGACCCUCCGGGCAAGAACCGAGACGUGGAGGAGAUCCUACUGCAGGUGGCUCAGGACCCGGACUGUGGAGCUGUCGUACAGCAAGGAAUCUCAUCUAUCGUGAAAUCCUCCAGUAUAACGCAGAGUGUCAAAGGCAUCGCUACAGCUGGCUUGUGGAAGACGGUGUCGUACAGCUCCAAGAAACUAAUGAAAAUGUGGAAGGGCUGGAGGAGGAAGCCGUCCGUGUCCCACAUGUCCUGAGCCCAUCUGUCCACUGGGAACCUGUCUGUCUUUAUAACUGUCCCUCUUGAUGACCGAUGCCCGUCCUUUUGAUUUUAACCUGACAAACUGUCUGGCUGGAACUGUCUUCCUAGCCUAACCUCUGGAUGUGUCACUCCGUAGCCUGUGUGAAUGGGAUGCCAUUCAUAAAAGUUGUAGAAUAAAAGGUGGCAUUUCACGAGUCAGACUGAAUUAUGGCUGACAUUUCAGAGUCAUACAGAUCGGACCUUUGUGGAUGACGACACACACACACACACACACACACACACACACACACACAC